UCUUAGAAAACACAAACUAGUAAAGAAAAAAUAAAAGACUGUACAGAAAAUACAGUAUAGAAAUAAUAGGAACACAAAAUCCCCCAACUCCAAUUUCACCUCGCAAGAAGAAGAAGAAGAAGGAGGAGUUGUUUGUACCUUGGAUCACCAGCCAUGAUUCAUUUUGUUCUGCUCAUUAGCCGACAGGGAAAGGUGAGGCUAACCAAGUGGUAUUCACCAUAUACACAAAAAGAGAGAACCAAGGUAAUCCGUGAACUAAGUGGUAUGAUUCUCAGUCGAGGACCAAAGCUUUGCAAUUUUGUUGAGUGGAGAGGAUACAAAGUCGUUUAUAAAAGAUACGCAAGCUUGUAUUUCUGUAUGUGCAUAGACCAAGAGGACAAUGAGUUGGAGGUCCUGGAAAUCAUACACCAUUUUGUUGAGAUUCUGGACCGAUACUUUGGAAGUGUCUGUGAGCUGGACUUGAUCUUCAAUUUUCACAAGGCAUACUAUAUAUUGGACGAACUUGUGAUUGCUGGUGAACUCCAAGAAUCGAGCAAGAAAACAGUUGCACGUCUAAUUGCUGCACAGGAUUCUUUGGUUGAGGCUGCCAAAGAAGAGGCAAGUUCUCUUAGUAACAUUAUUGCACAGGCUACUAAAUGAGAGUAUGGAGGCGGCAUUCAAGUUUUUUGAGUGCAUUUAUGUUUUUCAGAUUCUCGUUUGUUGCUGUAAUCCAAUCGUGUUAUGACAUUAUUUCUUCUUUCAAUGCUAUUGCAUCAUGGUUUUCGUUUAACUUUGUAGUUAAAAAUAGGAAUUUCUUUGUAGUAAUGAGUUUUCUUCUCAACCUAAGCGUGUGUUUACUGCAGUGAUGUAUGUACUCUGUUGCCUAAAAACUGGUGGUAAUAUAUAUAGUACUUGUUCCUGGUGGAGCUAGCUGAUAA